AUGUCGGGACGAAUUAACGUGUUUUCAGCCCUAAUAAUGAGGAAAACUGACAUCAGAGUGACCACACGCAGCACUAGCAAGUCUGAGCACGAGGGGGCUGCUACACCAAUGGCUGAAUCCGAAGCUAACCGAUCACUGCUUGCUAGCAUGAGAGAAAUGAUGGAAGAAAUGCGCGGAGACAUUAUGAAUGGACUCGGAGACAUCGUUUCUGACGUCGUGAAAAAAGAGAUUACGGGAGCUCUGUCACCAUUGGAGGCAAGGAUUGCAUCAUUUUCGAGUGCUGUCCGUGAUUUGGAGCAAGCGGCUAAUGAGCAGGACGGGAGGCUAACAGUUGUGCAGGCCUCGGUUAGCCAGCUACAGGAUCAAGUUGCCUCUUUGACCAGAAAGUGUGAGGACUUGGAGGGUCGCUCAAGACUCAACAACAUACGAAUCGUUGGAAUUCCGGAGAAUUCAGAGGGCCCUCGCCCCACUGAGUUCGUGGCUGGCUUACUACAUGACUUGUUGCGCCUGGAUGCUAAACCUGUUUUGGACCGCGCUCAUCGUACCCUACGACCCAGACCAGGGGAGGGAGCGCCUCCACGGCCUUUCGUUGUUCGUGUGAACAUGUACCAAGUGCGGAACGAAAUCCUGCGUAAGGCCCGUGAGUCUCCUCUUCAUUUCAACGGGAGGCGAGUGCUUAUUUUCCCCGACUAUACUACGGCAGUAGCGAAGAAAAGAGCUACAUUUGGCAGAGUUAAGAAGGAACUACAUUCAUGCCCUGGAGUGAAGUUUGGACUGCUCUUUCCAGCAACGCUUCAGAUCACGCUGACUAGUGGGACAAGUCAUAAGUUUGAAGACCCUGAUGCAGCCUUGGAUUUCGUGGAGAAGAAUAUUAAAACUGUGGUCGCCCCAGACUCUGUAUGA